AGCCUUUUUUUUUCUCUUGGUGUUAAAUUGCCGUUUGCAACACAGACAGUUCCCGUCCCAAAUGUGGGCUUUUUUAGAACAGUAUAUGAAAACAACGAUUGUAUACGCUAUGCAUGUUUUUUUUUUGUUGCUGUUUUUUUUUAAAUGUAUUUUGUAUUAUGAAGUUAUCUGUGUCGCUCUGCUGUUUAUGAUUGUAGCUUUGGAUGGCGCAGUAAAGGGUGUUUUUUUUAUAAUCGCACGUCCGGCAGUCGCCCCUGUGUUUUGUUCCGGGCGUGUGCACUGACUCGGAAAUAAAAAUAGAUUAUGUAACGGACAGGAGUCGUGGGGUUCAGAUUCAAAUUAGAGUACACUUGAGGGAAUUUGGGGGAUUCAAAAAUGCCUCAUAAAAGUGGUCAAAACCUCCGCCACGUUUUGAUGCAUACGCGAUCAUUACAAAUAAACACACACCUGAGCCCUGGUCUGUUGGGGCAAAAAUAAACAGACGAGCCCUCCAGCUUCCCCGGGGACUUUGACCGUUUCUGCAGAAGCUUUUCUCUUUAAGACUGGACUCUCCAAAAAUAUACUCGGUACUUCUCACGCUGGCAGUUCUCCUUGGCAGUCUCGCGUUGGCACUGGCACCUCAGCAGGUCCACAUGAGGGACAGGGAUGGCAGAGCCGACCUACCUCUUGUGCCUGUGGGAAGGGCGCCUUUGGCCAGCAAAGCUUUUGCAACGGGCUGCUGUCUGCUCAAAAACCAGCAAAGAUAAUAUUGAAGUGGAAAUAUUUUGCAAGGAAAAACGGGUGUUGAUAAGUCAGGCUGACACGGCCCCACUGUCCCGACAAAAUAUUGAAGACAUCUCCCGACAUCUUGACUUGGAUUCCAAUCGGCAGCAUGUUUUAGACAUAUUUACUAACGAAGAUGACAGCGAUGAAGAGUUUUGGGGUUUCCCCAGUGAGAACCACAGGACUGAUCAAAAACUGGAAACCAGCCAACCUGACCCUGUAAAAGAGUUGCUGUACAGGAAAGCUCUCCGCCUAGCGCUGAAUGUUUUAUCCGAAAUCGCUUCCUGCCCCUCUCCGGUCAGCCCUGGGAAGAGAAAACGAGGAAGACCAAAACAACAAACGGCUACCGGCCCCUUAGAACCUGAUUUUGACAUCAAAACAAGGGGCUGUCCCCUAACACUGCCCCCUGGUGGUAGUGACACGCAACAGCACUGUGAAGCCGUUACACCAGAAAAGAGGGGCAAACCGAAGAAGGUGAAGGGGCCCAGUGACUCGACAACAGAACUUAAAACCAGAAGUAGUUUGAAAGAGGAGAAAGGGAUUCCGAGGGACAGGAGAUGUCCCUCGGCACUGCCUCCUGGUGGGAGUGGCACUCUACAGCACUGUGAAGCCGUGACACCAAGAAAGAGGGGUAGGCCGAAGAAGAUCAAGGGCCCCAGUGACUCGACAACAGAACUACAAACCACAAGUAGUUUGAAAGAGGAAAGAGGGAUUCUAAGGGGCAGGAGCGAGACAGACCCCAAAGAUGUUACCCAGACCCCUCCAGAGACACUAAGCCCAUGUGCACCAAGAGUAAAAGCCAUAUCAUCUAAAAAGCAGAACAGCAAGAGAAACUGUUUGCUUGGCUCUCCCCAGACAGACUCUGGAGAAAUAGAAUUGGAGCAGACUCCUGGUUUUCACCCUCCAAUUCACAGUUCCACGCCAGACAACCUCUUGAGAACAGAUUUGGGAUGCAGUGCAAUUGGGAGCCCUUGGAAAUCUCCACAGGGAACGCCCAAGAGGAAAGUAGGAAGGCCGCCGUCUAGACACUUGCGGAAACUUUCCUGGGAGAGUUGUGGUCCAAAGUCCAAGUGUGAACAAGGACAAGCCUCCAUAAUAAGCAGGAAGAGACAGGAGACGGGUCAGGUGACUGGUGCUGGUUUGAACACACAGCGUGGGGUGCUAGAGACGGACCGUGGCUGUGUCGGCGUGGCUCUGGAGCAGCCCCCAGUGGUAAAUCCACGCAGAUUGAACAGGAGCUGCCCGGACCUGGCUGUAAACUCAGAGAGAGGACAGGGGCGGACCCUCAUCCCACAAGCACUGCAGAAGGAAGCAGACCGUACAGAGGAGCCGCCACGCCGCACAGUCACAUUUGAGCUGCCGCAGUUCGAACUGGAAGAAAAUGGGAGGGGGUCGCUGUCCUCGGACCUGUCCAUAGAGAUGAGUUUACUGAACGAGUCCACCCUGGAGAGCUCUCUGCAGGAGGAGGAGGAGGAGGAGGAGGACGACGAGCUAGAGCUGCCCAGCUUCAUGAAGGACAAGGAGCCAUGUUCCAUAACAGAAGGAAUGUGUGUGUGGUGUAAGUUCCAGAAGUACCCCUUCUGGCCAGCGCUGGUAAAAAGUGUGAACCACAAGAAUAAGAAGGCGAGCAUUAUCUUUGUUGAUGAUUUUCUGUUGGACAAGAACAAGUUUCGAAAGGGCAUGUGUGUGUCUUUAAGAACACUGAAACCUUUUGAUUGUGAAGAGAGGGAGCAGUAUAUAACAACUGCUCGAGAAACCUAUCACCGUGCCAUUGACUGGUGUGUGGCGUUGAUUGACGACUACAGCAUUCGAAUAGCCUGUGGUUCCUUCUCUGGCUCUCUUGUGGAAUACUGUGUGGACGAUAUCAGCUACCCAGUCAGAAGGGAGUUCCUCCAGGGCCCCUCCAGAAUGACGUUCCCCAGUAACCUGCUGAUGCUGGAGAAGGACACCCUGGACUGCCAGAUUGACAGCCCCCACUGUCGCCCAGCCGCCUCCAAGAAGCUGCUGCCCGACCGCUCUCGUGCGGCCCGGGACAAGGCCAACGAGAAGCUGGUGCAGUACAUCGUCAAGACCCGCGGCGUGGAGAAGCACCUGCAGGAGAUCAUCGCGGGCAGGAAGCCGUCGCGCUGGCUGACGGAGUUCCUGCAUCGCAGCCGCUUCCUCAAGUGGGUGGACACCUACCUGGAGGACGACGCCCAGCUGGAGGUGUUGGUGAACUACCUGCAGUCCGUCUGCAAGAGCGUGCAGAACACACAACUCUCAGUCGAGCUGGACCGCAUCCGCUUCAUACUGGACGUGCUGCUGCCAGAGGCUGUGAUUGGAGCCAUUGCUGCUGUUGACAAGAUCUCGCUGGAAAAGGCCGAGGAGAAGUAUAUGAAGGGCCCUGUCUUCAGUGAACGGGAAAUAGAAGAAUUCAACAGGCAGAUUGAGAAGGAGGUCAAGGUGAAGAACCGAUCGCUUGGCGUCCAGCAACACUAGUCACACCGCAGUGAAUGGAGGAGUGCCUUUCUCUUACUGGCAUCUAUCUGCUUGGGAGACUGAGGAGAGAAAGACCGAGCACCACCCUUCAUGCACAAGGGACCCUGUCCUGACACCUGGGAUUAUUGUGUCAAAGUAUUCAUUCCUAAUAGCGGGAGAGGGGGUCUCAUUCAAAUUGUAUUGGUCUUACCAGAAUUCUACACCCCUGGUUAACUCUAGACUUUUUAUUCCACAUUUCAUUCUGUUGGUUUGUGUAAAUGUAUGAACAGCAUUAAACCUUCCCAGAGUCCUACUGGAAAAUGACGUUGUAGUGCAGCUGAAAGUUCAACUCUAAGUAUACACACCAUACAGUCGAGUUUGAGAGAGGAGUGUUAAAAUAGACAAAACUCGGUAUCAGUGCCCUGCAGUUGUGAUAGCUGGAACGAGUCAAGGCAAUCGCACAUUUCAGAUGUUUGUUGUAUAUUUCAUCCCCCGUGACGCGGAGGCAGUGGUACGUCGAUACAUACGUAUGUCACACUUGACAGGGUUCUCGACGUAUCUGAAAAGGCGAUUUAUCCCAUUGUCAUGAAACUUGGUAUUCGCAUUCUUUAGCAUAAGUUGUUUAUCAUUCUCUGCAUAUAGGGGGGUGUCUGUCCGUACAGACGUCAAUCUGUAUGCCACGUUUUCAGCAUCUAUCUAGAAAACUGCUUAUCCAGUCAUUGUGAACAUUUAUUUAGCAUUUAUCUGAAGAAUCGCUUAUCAGAAACUAGGUAAUUUUUCUGUACAUACUGCUGCUGUGUGAACAUAUUAGGUUGUGCUCAUGGAAUAAAUACAUAACUCCAUGGCUGUUCAGAGUGUAUCCUCUGCCUUUUGUAUUGUUACCGAGCGGCUUUCAGAACCCAUUUGUAGCUUGUGGGUGCAAAGCUUCAAUAACCUAAAUAUAAAACAUAUGAUGCAUGUUGUUGGCCUGUUUUAAUAUUCCAUCACAACAGCAAUUAUUACAUCCAGCAGUGAUACAAAGUAAACCCUGAAACUACUAUUAUCACACAUUUUGGUUUUCUUCAAAUGCUUCCGUCAGUGUUGGGUAGUACAGUUCAUUUCAUUGACCUCGUACUGUCACUGAAAAGUUUUCUUCUCGAAUGAGCCGCUGAAAUAGAUGUACUGGUCAUCUGGGCUGUGGUUUUUUUAAUGGUAAAAAAUGCCUUUUUUCACAGCACUUCACAGUGUAAAAAUAGACAUGUUACUAUUUUAUCAUUAAAUAAAGCUGGUGUAGUUGGCGGCAGGCUUUUUACGAAGAGAAACAUAUAUAUUUAUAUAGUCAUGAUACGUUGUAAAACACUGUAAUGGAAACGUGAAAUUAAGUGUAAAAUUUGAAAUGCAAAAGAAAUAUAAAGGUUAUGACUGAACAGUAAAUCAAGUCUGUGUUUAAUAUUGGAAAUGAACAGUGUAGACAGUAAACGCACAGCUUUAAACGUUUAAUCGGUGAGUGCGGAUCUACAGCCUUAAUUUGGGAAUAUUUUCUGAUCUCUGUUUUAAUUGUGUGUUGUGUAGUCGGAAUGUUCUUUUUCAUCGCUCCCCUAGUCAAAGACCGUUUUAUGUCCUUCCUAACGCAUCCACUGAAAAAAAUGAAUUGCACAGCCUACUGCUACAAUAGUAUUACAAUGAUGUUUUAUUAGCAAGCUCGUGCAGUGUUUGGGAAGAGGUAAGAAACGAUACGUAGACAAUAAAAGUUGUGCCUAACAAGGGGAUAUUCUUGUGACAUAAGUGAAUGAAAUACAUAUGAUUGCUUACUGUUAACUACACUUCUGUUUAACAGUGCUGAGUGGUUUGCUUUAAUUUUUUCCUUGAUUUAUUAUUUUUUUUAAAUCAAUCUUGCAUUCAUUCAAACCAGCACUUAAUGAGCCUCUGCUGUAUUUUUAGAGACGCAUGGAUAUUGUUAUUGAGUGUACGUGUCAACCAAUAAUGAGAGAGCUGUACCUCUCUGCUGUGAGCCAAGAUUUGAAUAUGAUUAAUCAGCUAAGCCCAGGUUCCAAGUGUGGGGCUCCACUGAACUGAAGUAAAUCAGGCUCCGAAUGACCCCGCCGACUGGCAGGGAAUGUUCCAGCAGUGGUUGAAAUGACACCAAAUCUCUGCACGUUUUACUUCAGGGAGUAAUGGUGCUUCAUUCUUUUGUAAAUAUUUUCGUUUUUAAAUCAAGAAACCCCCUAUCUCUCUUAAAGGAUUGGUUCAGGUGAAAAAUGUAAAUAUGCAAGUAUAUGGGUCUGGGCUUCUGGGGGGUUUUCUUUCUUUCAUUAUUUUUGUAAUAAAUGUAAUUGCAAACAUGA